AUGGCAGCGAAGAUUAACGUCAUCCUCAUCCACCCUCCACCCCUCAUGGUCACCACUGAGGCGUGGAUGCUCAACAGGAAGGAUUGGCACAGGGCUAUGAAUUUUCUAGAAUAUUCGCCCACUAUCGAUCCAAUCGGCCUUUGGGCACACGCCAAAGCCCACGCGGAUAUAAAACGCAACGAGAAUCUGGCCAAACGACUCUAUUCUCCAUCAGACAAACGGCACGGCCCCACAGUUCCCCGCUUUCCGAACGCACAAUACGGAUGCGUCGUGAUGUUUAAGCUCUCUGGCUCCAAGGCCAAGAACGAGCUUCCCCGAUGGAACCCCAAGGGAAAGCGAUGCACACGCACAUCUACGCCCUCUGGCUAUGUCAUUCCCGAAAACUGUUAUGAAUUAGACUCAGCCGAUACAGCGUCUGUCCCACACGUCCCUCUUCUACCACCUUCCGUUGCGACCCAACCAUCGCCAUCUCAGCUUGAGCCUGUGCCCACUCCGCUGAACAGUGAACCGCUCCAAUAUACUUACCCCAAGGUUCUCAACACUAACUUUCAAGCCUACCUGGAAGACCGGCGACGUCAACGCAUGCAGCCUACAUUGGCGGAGCAGGCCCCUUCUCUUCCACGGACUCAUUCUUCUGUUGAUAAUAUGUCUUUUACGGCUCGCGAUGGUUCCGAACAGUCCCAUACUGAUGACCCGGACUUCCCACAUUCACCCCGUUCUCAAAGUUCACACUCUUUCGUAACAAUUUUGGCCGAUGAUAUAUUCGACGAUGACAGCAAUUCCUCCCAAAAACUAUCCGACACAUCCGCCAACCCAAAUUCCCCGGACGCCGAAUCGAUUUGA